GCAAGGAGAAUCGAGAAAGCUGAGUUUGUAGUCAAUAAAGUUUAUGGAAAUGAAGUGAACUCUGCCUCCCAUAAUACUUUCCGCACUCUUCACCGAUGAGAGCACGCGACCGCGGGAGCAGAGUUUGUGCAUUUGCAGGGACGCGUUAGGAAGGAUAUAGGAAACUCAAGCGUAAGAACACAAAAGCAUCCAGCGGAUUGUGGAUGGGAAAGACUCCUUUUACACCUUUUAAUUACUUUACUUUCUUGAACAUGGUGCAUAAUUAGAUUGCUUUCGGUUUUUUUUCCAUCAGAACAGAUAACAUUGCAAUCAUGGAGUUGAAAUGGCAUGAACUGGUUACGGCUCAAUAUGUAUUGGUGACGGCUCUGGUCGCACUCGUGGCUGCGUGGUUGGUCAAACAUCUGAUGACGUCACCAAAGAAUCUACCGCCAGGUCCGUCUGGGCUUCCUCUACUUGGGGUCUUCACGAAAUUUAUCGGCAUGUCCGGCGAUCCUCUGCCCCUGCUAUCGGAGUGGGCCGACAGGUAUGGUGAGAUCACGUCCUUCUACUUUGGCCCGCAGUUGGUGGUGAGUCUGAACUCUUAUGGAGCCGUAGCAGAGGCUUUCCGCCAUCCCAAUCUCCAGGGAAGACCACGGAGUCGGAUGCUUGAAGAAAUAAGUGGAUUCGGCCCUAAUGCGGGUCUUCUGAUUGGUGUCGGUGAUAUAUGGAAGGAACAGCGCAAAUUCACAUUCUCCGUCUUCCGGAGCCUCGGCGUUGGCAAGAGGAGCUACGAAGACACAGUCGCAGCGGAGAUGACCCAGCUAGCAAGGGCCAUUGAGGAGAAGGAAGGGUCCCCGUUCGACCCCAGUGACCUCCUAUCCCGAGCAGUUUCCAACGUCAUUUGUACAAUCAUUUUCGGGACGCAGUAUAAGUACGAUGAUGCAGAAUUCAAAGAGCUGCUUCAUAUUCUAAACACCAACAUGAGACUCGGUGGGAGCGGCGGAUGGAUCUUCUUCCUUCCUAUACCGGGUUUGUCCAAGAUUCCCUUUGGAGCUAUCAACACGAUGAUGGUGAAUGCACGAAGGUUUUAUGCCUUCAUAGAUGCUCAUAUAUACGCUCACAGAAAGCACGGAAUUCCCGAGAUUCCGCGAGAUUUCAUCGACCAGUAUUUGAUCAAGUUGGAGGAAAUUGAGGGAACCGAGUCUUCGUUCAACCAAAAAAGCCUUAAAUCCGUCAUAUCCGAUCUCUUUUUCGCUGGAACUGAGACGACCUUAACUACCCUCAAAUGGUGCAUUCUUUACAUGAUUGCCUAUCCCGAGAUACAGUCGCGUGUCCAGUCUGAAAUCGAUACCGUGAUCGGAAGAGAUCGAUUGCCCGGAUUGAGCGAUCGGAAGGAUUUGCCGUACACGUGUGCCGUGCUUACGGAGGUCCAACGAAAGGCAGCAGUGGUUUCUUUGGGUGUUCCCCACAUGGCAGAAGCUGACGUCACAAUAAAAGACUUUACCAUACCGAAGGGUACGAUAGUCUUAUCUAACCUCUGGAAGGUGCUUAACAGCAAUGCAUUUUGGGAAGAAGCUGAUGACUUCAAACCUGAGAGAUUUCUGGAUGAAAAUGGAAAGCUGACGAAGAGAGAAGAUCUCAUAUUUUUCAGUACUGGACGCCGUAUCUGCCUUGGUGAGCAGCUGGCGCGUAUGGAGACCUUUCUCGGCUUUACAAGUCUCCUCCACCGAUUCACCUUCAAGCAGCCAGACAACGCAACAGCGCCCUCAUUCGAAGGAGUUCUAGGAGGAACAAGGGUCAGCUUGCCUUACGUCACCUGCGCUAUCCCAAGGAAUUAACUAAAACAAAAUCAGGAAUUAAUCCAGGCAACUGAAUUCCGGGACCUAUAUUCCACCUUUUAGGAACAGGAGUUAGCCCAGGCUUACGUCACAAGUCAUGCGCCAUUCUAAGUGGUUAACUGCGAGAACCCCUAAAACAGUAAAAAUAAUGCUAAAUCGCAUUAAGUAGGAUGGUGAUUGCAUUCAGAAAACAACACCACUCAACAUCCUGGCUCAACACCACUUCGCCACUGCAAGGAUUAAUGGCAAAGGACAUUAAUAAUAUCGAGUAGCAUGACAUUCAAAGAUCAGAAACCAUGCAAGCAACUCGGUAACACCGCCGUCAUUCAAGGCAGUUCUGGGAGGGGCAGGAGAACCUUACGUCAUGUGCGCCUAAAAGACAAAACUUCAGAAGUAAUAAUGAUUCUUCCUUUUUUUCCUUUCUUAUGGGUGUGAUGAUGGCACCCAGUUAGAAUUGACUAUUUUUGCCACAUUAACAAAAAAGGAAUUAAAUCUAUACUUUUAAAAACUAUUCAUUAUCGAGUCGUAUGACCUCAAGAAAACCAGAAAACUCAGCACCGCAGUCAUUUACGCAUACGGUAGUCCUUGGGGAUAACUUUAAUUGUUCAAAUUUCAAAGGAACAAAUUUUUCUUAACUUACGUCACAUGCGCUAUUCCAAGUAAUUGACUGAAUAAAAAUCUCAAGACAAUGACUUCGUUAUGGAGUAGCAAAACCUUCAGACAACGAGACAAACAGACCCCGGGAACAGCCCCUCCCUUGGUCAGUUCUCAGCAUGGAAGGACAAGCGUCAGUAACAGGAGCCGCGGAAGCGGGGGGGGGGGGGGGGGAGGGGGGGGGGGGGCUGGGUGGGCUUUAGCCCCCACCUUUUUCCAAAACCGUGUACAAAAACGUAAAAAUGACCAUGAUUGUGAUUUUUUUCAUGGUCAGCCCCCCACUUUUGGCUCAGUCCUCCCACUUUGAAAACCGUUCCGCGGCCCCUGAGGAAUACCUUAAUCAAUGUGCCUUUCCGUUGGAUAAACCUAAAAUGACAGUAUUAUGUUUAAAUUGGAUAUAAGCAAGAAAAAACCCCAACCCUGUGUUGUUCUGCGGUAUUACAAAGGAUUAAACUACAAAAAUAAAUAAAUGAAUAAAUCACUAGAUGCUUGCAUUAAUCAUAAUUUUUUGUCAUGAACAAAUCAAUAUAUGCUUGCGUUAUUUAUUCUGUUUGGCAUAAUACAUGCAUGAUAUUAUAUAGGCUGGACUCUAUUAUAGGCUCUAUAAACUUUUUUUAGUGCCGUAAUCUUACGUCAUAUUGAGACUGUAGGGGGAUAUACCGUAUACCAUCUCGACUCUCUAUUUGCUAUAAAAUGACUUUCGAAUUUUGUAAAGAAAAUCAGUUAUUAUUCACGUGCUCAUGAAACUGGUUUUUAUCUUGCUCACCAUUUAUUUUCCAAUGUUUAUGUUGUCUACAUAACUCUGGUUUGAAAUAUAAACUUCCUGUCGUGUUUGUUUUCACAUGUAUUUGAAAUAAAUAUGCAUUGAAUCUGCGAUAUUCAU